CAGCUUUAGGAGAGAGACUGAGGCCACUGGGUUUACACAGGCAUUUUAUUCACAAUGGCUUGGAUUCUGGGGCUUGUCCUUUGGUCACUGUUUCCCACCGAAGCCUAUCAAAAAGUCUUCCUCCCCAGCCACACCGCCCGAGCCCUGUUAUUGGGCAGGCAGAAACGGGCCAACUUCCUGCUGGAAGAGCUGAGGCCCGGCAACCUGGAGAAAGAGUGCUUUGAGGAAAUCUGCAACUUUGAGGAGGCCAGGGAAGUGUUUGAAGAUAUGGAAAGAGCGUGGGAAUUCAUGAGAACUUAUGCUGAUCUUAAAGAUGCGUGUGCAUCAAAACCUUGCCUUAAUGGUGGGACAUGCCACAAUGGCAUUGAUGAGUACAACUGCACUUGCAGGACAGGUUACGAAGGCAGGAGGUGUGAGAUUGCAGAAAAUGACAACUGUGCUUCAAAGCCAUGCAUGAAUGGAGGAUGGUGCAAGAACAGUGCCACACAGUAUGAGUGUCUCUGUGAAAUUGGUUAUCACGGUCUCAAUUGUGAACUUGGCCCCAUUGACUGUUCAUCACAUGGACAAACCUGCAACCACUUCUGUAAACCAUAUGAUGGCAUUUACGUCUGUCACUGUGCCCAAGGAUAUAAACUUGGAGAUGAUGAAAAGACCUGUAUGCCUGAAGUACCAUAUCCAUGUGGAAAAGUAACGGUCACUUCAUCAACUGAAGAUACAGAUUUGAACCUCAGGGUGAUUGAUGACGUUCAGAGUAGGAGGGGCGAAUACCCUUGGCAGGUGCUCUUAAAUUAUGACAACAAAACAUUCUGUGCAGGUGCCAUUCUAAAUGAGGACUUCGUGCUAACCUCAGCUGACUGUGUAAAUCAGUUGCGUUCCUUCACAGUUGUCGUGGGAGAGCACAACCUGGAAGUGAAUGAGGGCACGGAGCAAAUCCACAAUGUCAGUCAAAUACACAUUCAUUCAAGGUACUCCCCGGCUACUUUUGAGAAUGACAUUGCACUCUUGAAGUUAGAGACACCGAUUGAGUUUAACAACUACACCAUCCCCAUCUGUCUUCCUGAAACAGACUUUGCUGAAUUCUUUUUAAUGAACUCUGAAUAUGGGGCCAUCAGUGGAUGGAAACUGAAGCAAGGCCAUGUUGACCAGCCAGUUCUUCUCAGCAUUCCAUAUGUUCCUUAUAUCAAACAUUCCAAAUGUGAGGGGCUGCAGCCAUUUCCCAUUGUACAUCGCAUGUUUUGUGCAGGUCUCGAAGAACUGGCAGACCCACUGUGUUACUUAACCAGAGGAAGUCCCUUUGUCACUAAGUAUAGGGAUGUCUGGUAUAUGACAGGCAUGAGUUUAGGGGGAGGAGAAUAUGACUGCAAUGUGAUACCUGUUUAUACAAAGGUAUCAAGAUACAUCAACUGGAUUAAAAAGAUAAUGGCCCAAUCAUCCUUGGGACUCUAGCUGUGUGGCCAACGUUAAGUUAAAGCAACUUCAGGAAGUACUUUUAUUACUAAUGUUCCUAUAGACAGAGACACAGUAGUGGAGAAUUGAGGUGGCAUUCAUAAAGCAUAGAAAUGAUUAAAAAUUGAUUACUGACUCAAGUCCUACUUCUGUUCCCAUAUUCAAACUCCAUAUGGCCAUUUGCAAGGAUAAAAAAAUGGAUGCUUACCCUUGUAGACAGCAUCUGGUCUUAGCCAUGCCAGAAACUAAGCAAAGCUGCUGAUGGGAUUGAAAACUGCUGUACCAAACUGAUAGCAUUGAAGCACUCAGAUACAGGGGAUAGCAAUGACGUUGGUUGUAAAGUUGGUGACUAUUGAAUGUUAAUGACGAUACUAAUCAGGACUGAAACUAUUACAAUUAUGUUGUUUGUGGCAGCAAACACAGCAGUGCUGAUAAUCAAUAGUGAUAAUUAGUGAAAUAUUUGUAUCUCCCAGUCACAACAUUGCGUUCAUAGUUGUUUUUGAACAAUUGUAUACAAGAUGACAGAUUUCUAACAGAACUUCUGCAAAUACAUUUUCUCCUUUCCUAACUUUCGUUUAUGGACCUUCAGAAGAAGCACUGGUACAGAUUAACAAAGAAAAAUACAAUGUUGAUUUGAAUAUUUAAGCCUAUGCUCGUUGAUGUCCUGUGGUAAUACACAUAGGAGCAAAAGACAGAGAACGCCAGCGAGACUGACCAGUCACUGCCAAGAGGAGCAGGGCUAUCAGACAGCUGAGAUGGCUCAUUCACAGAUACAAAAUGAGUGAAUGUCUCCUCAAUCAAAACCCAGGGAGGCAGUUCCUUGUCCUGAUCCAUGUAAAAACAUUGGUCUUUGAGGGUGACUAUCAAAUUAUAUUAAUGGCACCAUUCCCCACUAUCCUACUGACAGACAUCUAACAAUUGAAAUUGUAUCAAAAAAUCCAGCAAUUUUAUAUUACUUACAAAUGGUCUCAUUAGUUUCUUCACCAUGAGCACGUUUCGUGACAGCCUGACUUUUUAUCCAUUCUAUCUUAUGUUUCACCUGGGCUCUGAGAUGUACACAGUGGUUCAAAUUUUCUACGAGCCUCUUAGGAUGGAGAUGACUCUCUUUGCUCAGUCCUGGGAUCAACAGAGAACAGGAUGACUCCUUAACAUAUUGCAGAAGAAGUCGUUCCAGUGUCACACUCUUGUUCCAGACUUCAGCAAAGAGUCAGUAGCCGUUCUAGGGUGGGUGGAUGAGGGGAAAGAUAAGUCUUAUGAACAUCAACAAACCACAUGGUGCUGGGAAUGGAGUUGCUCAUCAGUGAUUAAAAAUGACAACUAAUGCCACUGAAUCUGAAGGAUGCUGGAAUCUCUGUUUAAUCGAGAAUCUGAUUGGCAAACAGAUUUCAUUGGUACACUGAAAUGUUGCUGUCUCUGUAACAAGUAGAGGUACAUGUCUCACUAGCUUUGAACCCUAACUCAGCCUUAUCUGUAGCCACUUCGAUUCCGACUUUAGGUUGCUCAGUGGAACUUGCAGCAGUGUUGGCAGAGGUAAAGGUGACUACACUUUUCAGCACUGUGUUUUGUCUUUCCUAAAUUGCAGAAAAAAAUGCGAACAAAUAAGUGAGGUAGAUCCCAAGUUAUAUGUAAGGGUUAGUUUGUGCAUCUCUCAUGGGAAAGCUUUGGAGAGUUCAAAGACUGUAUAUAAACAUUGGAAGGUGCUGGAUAUUGGUAUUCCCAUGCUGAUUGCAGUGAAUGGACCCGAACUUAGAGGAAACACUGGAGUAUACUGUCAUGAAUUUAAGGUUGACAUAAUGAUCCUCACUGAUUUCUACUACUGUUGCUACUGCAUUGUAAUAAUUGACUUCCAAAUGCCCAUGCUGCUGAGGGUGAUAGUUUCUUCCCAACACCUUCAUCCACAGCACCCUCACUUUCCUCAGAUAGCAACACUCUGACUCCAGCUUCAAAAUAUGCAAACUUUAUUUUUCCCUCCUUAUCCUCCUGUUACUGUAUCCUGAUGUCCAAUAACCCCUUUAAGUGCAUCCAACCUUUUGAACAAUGAGGUUGUCACCCCAUUUUGACUGGCCCUUCUCUGUGGAGAGGGGAACAAAGUUACAAUUUCAGGCUGAUGAGGUUGCAUCAGAAACAUUUUUUUAAUUCAUUCACAGGCAAUUGGCAGAACUCUUGAUACUUGUUGCUUAUAAGCAACUGGCAGUCAGGCCUUAACUACUGCGCUCCAUGUUGUGUUAGGGAUUUCUGAUCCAGUAAUGUAGAAGGAACAGUGAUGUAGUUCCAAGUCAGCAUGUUAUGUGAUGUGGAGGGGAACUUGCAAGCAGUGGUUUUCUCCUGUAUUUGCCGCUUUUAUUCUUCAAGGUUAUAGAGGUCACGGUGCUACUGCUGUUGUAGAAUGCUUGGCAAUUUGGGGGAAUCCAUCUUGUAGCUAAUAGAGAUUUUUGCCACUGUGUGCUAGUGGUAGAGGAGUGAUUGCUUAAGGUAUUGGACUGGGGGCUGCUCGAGCAGAUUGCUUUGUCCUGGAUCUUCUCAAGCAUCUUGAAUGUUGCUCCUAGCACAGACAGGAGGUGGAAUGUUUGCGGGAAAAGUGACUUAGCAUUUCAAUCGUGGGUUUUGCAUGCAUUCCAUUUUGAAGUAUAUUAGUACAGUUGUGGUACAAAUGAUUAAUAUUGUGCCAACACAAUCUAAAUUCUUGGGUUUCUCCAGCAAAGAUAUGCAAACAGUGUACUUCAAUAAAAAGAAUAGCUUGUAUUAAUUACAACAUCAUUGUCAUUUAACAAGUUUAAGUUAACAAAAUAUCCCUUGCAUUACAUUUAAAUCUUUAAUGGGAAAUACAGAAUGAUACUGGGACAAUGACAGAGGAAAUGCUUCAAACUGAUCACAGUAAAUACUCACUGGGACGCAAGUCACAUCAUCCUUAGCUAUGAAGCCAUCAACCAACACCGGAUGUGUGUCCCAGGAUAAAUGUGGGGGAGCAAUAUAUGAAUUUCCAACCUUAAUUUGUUAAGACACAGAGGAUAGUGGUGGGAAAGGGUUCUGUUUACUGACAACAAGCUUCUGAUGCUGAUGAGAGAUAUAACCCUUGAUGUGUCCCUGCAAAACAAAGAAAGAACUGUGACCACACAUACAUACGCUACAUUUAACAGAAAGUCAUGCAUUUAGAUUGCAACUUCUGCAAUUUCAAGAUGAUUCAACAACGAAAUAUUUCCUGAAGCUGACAUAGAGAUGUAACAUGCUACACUGUAACAUAAACAAAUGCUGCAGAAAAUUUGUGUUCGGCAAUAUCCCACAAAUAGCAAUGUCUGCAGCCAAAGAAUCUGGUUUUGUGACACUGGUGAGCAAUAAAUUUUGGUCAAAUUUCCAAAUGGUCCCACAGUCACUUACAUAGUCAGGCAGUUGAAUCAAAACGACAUUAGUGAACGAGAUGGGUUUUUACAACAAUCGAUCAUUGUUUCAUGAUCACCAUUCCUUAGAUGAGCCUUCAAACCCAAGUUUUAUUAGAACUUGAAUUCUAUCAACUACAAUGGUCAGAUUAGAACUGGCGUUCGUUCCCAAAGUGUUAGCCAAUGAUAUAGUCACAAUGCCAUCUACCCUAAUAUUUAUCUGUGGCCAUUAAGAAUUAGUGUCAGCCUUGCCUAAAAGGCUGGCAUUCUCACUUGUGAGUCUGUAGAUCAGUGUUAUUACUAGAACAAACCCAAGCAGUGAACACCCCCGCUCAGGACUACACUAUCAGAGGUGUGGCCUUUCAGUUGAACUCAAACUAUAAUUCCAAGGCAGGAUGGUAUGUGAUGUGGAGGGAAAUAUAAUACCCUUUAGAGAAGAGGAUCUGUGGCCAUUAUCAGAUCAGUGGGUUAACUGGUGUCACCGAAUAUUAGAUCCCAAAACCAUGAAGCUGAUGGGUGUGAGACUGACCUUCUUUUCCUUUUAAUAACUGCUAGCCAAAUUUAUAUUGAAAUUGUUUGGAAGAAAUAUACUACAGUGAAGAAUCUAUGAAUCACAGAAUCUUUCAGCAAUAGCACUCAGGAGACCAUUUGGCCCAUCACACCUCUAUUGAGGUUUCCAAUUAGUCCUAGCCUUCUUGCACAUUUUAUCAAAUCUGACACUAAUAGUCUGGACAUUUUGUAACUUAUAAAGAUGAUUUAAAACAUACCAUAUAGAUUAGGUUUGCCAAAAUACAUUGGACUUCAUCGAUGUCAACAUCCUCGACUUGCAUGAAAUUAAGAGCAACCAGAAAAGCAUCAAGUGGUAGCUGAUGUGUCCUGAGCAGCAAAUACCUACAGCAACAGAGUAUACUUAAAUGUAAAACUACUGGUUAAGAGCACUUGUCUUGUAGAACAGUGUAACACACACAGACAACAAAUGAAGUGUUAGUGCUGCACAAUGACGAUACAUACACUUUCUUAAAAAGAUUUCUGUACGUGAUGAUUUUCAGUUUCUCAAGUAUGAGAAAGAUUCCACAGCGAAUGAAGAAGGCUUCAUGUUUUGCUAAAGCAUCAUUCAGUAGCAGAAGGUUCCCUUCACUAAUUAAAAAGAAAAGACAAGGAAAUUAUACUCUAGAACUGAGCUCAAUAACCUUUACGUGAGCCAUAUAUUGACCCAUGAUGGCAACCUGAUCCACUACUGCUUUGAAUUGAUUGCUGGUGACUGGGUGUUUGCAAUGAUAACUCAGACUUGCAGUUGAUAAUUUGCUAAUUUUAUAGCAUCACUGACAUUAAAAUCAGCCAAAGAACUUUACAGCGAGGAUGAGAUGGAAAGAGUAAACAGGAAUGUCAAAGCUGUGGAUGGCACGUCAUUGACAGAGAGGGAACAAACAGCUUGUUCAUACAACAUUGGGGUUUGCAAACAAUUCUAACUGUAAAGAAAAGGGAAGGAGAAAACGGCUCUCGAAGUCACAAAUGGCAUCAUGGUUUAACUGACCAAUGCAAAUUAGCUUUCUUUAUCAGUCUUAGAUGAGCCUUUGUCAUGACUGAUUGUAUGUUUUUCUAAUGCCUCUCCUCCCUUGCCAGCUGGGUGGAAUUUUUCUCAAUUGAUUUUGUUUGCAGCCAGACAGUCUUCUGAAAUAGCUUCUCGCCCCAAUGCUGCAUCAUUCUCUCUGGAGACCUUGCUCCUACACCCACUGUUUUUCAUCUACAUACCACCCAUCAUGAUAUCAAGAUUCCACUGUAGGCAAAUGAUGUCAAGCUACACCAAUAUCUCUCGAGCCCUUUAUGCCUCUGAUUUCCAAGAUUACUCAUCUGACAGGCAGUAUUAAAUAAGAAUAAAUUUACCCUGAUUAAAUAUUGGAAAGAUGGUCUAAAACCUACUGCCUAGUAACUGUCAACCACAUUGCUGUACAGGGAGCAUUUGAUUUGACCAACAUUUGAGGGAGAAAGUUCCAACUUACACUCCCCUUUGCUUAAUGAAGCACUUCCUGACAUCACUCUCAAUGGUCUAGUUCUAAUUUAAGACUGCAUGCCACCCCCACCCCAAACAUCUCUCAUACUCCUUCCUCUACCACCGCCACUACUACUACCCUUGAUCUGGGCUCCCCAGAGGAAAUCAUUUUUUCCCCAUAACCUAGAAUACUCUAACUAUUUGUUACGAAAAUGUGUGAUCCAAAUAUUAAUUUUUAAUACGACAAAUCCUCAUUCUCUGUGGGGUAAGAGCACAGUCAUCCCACUAAUAACACCACACGCAUUACCAUUACAAUGUUAAUCUCCUAUCUAUUGCGAAGGACCAUGCGAUCAGACUGGAUGGGGGGAAAGAAAGAUUGGAUCUAGGACCAAAGGACCAAUCUCAGAGGUAUGCGGAUCCACACCUAGCAAAUCCAUGGAUAAUGAAGACGGAGUGUAACAUUGAUUGGACCCAGUAGUAUAUAUACAUUUAUCUUGAAUUCUUAAUGAAUGAAAGGCAAAUGCACUGGGGACAACAGCAACAAUGCUGUAUCUGCAAGGUUCAGAGGUCCAGACAGAAAUAUCUAGUCUACAAGCCCUUCAGAGAGAGAUGACAUGGCACGGCUUGGAAGUGGAAGAGGGUUAAUCUUGAGGCCAGUUGGAGAGGAUUGUGAGCAAACUUGUUUAAAGAGCAACCGGCCUUUGUUCGCUCCCUCUUUCUUUGCAAACCCACUCUGCAAAGUGCAGGAACUGAAAAUGCACUAGUGGCCACCUUCACCAUUCACAGAGGGUUUCUGAAGUGGACUUCAGUACCUAACUCACCGUAUCUAGUCAAAGGGAAUUUAGCCAGUUACAACUGUCCUGGUGUGACAUCCCUGUGCCACAAAGUUACGGAUAACUUCCUAUACAGCUCGCCAUACAAGAUAAUCUAUGACUUAACUAGUAAAUGUCACUUGGCCAAAGUAUCUUUAAGUUAAUACACUGCAGAGUUGUCCUUUAUCUUUGUUUUUCCUCAGGCUCAUGCAUAUGUUUUUUUUAAAGGAGGUUAAUUACAUAUAUAUUUGCAUAGUCCAAA